AUGGAGGAAGGUGGAGGUAUCGUCCGGCCGGACGGCCAUUCUUCUCCUCUGGAAGCAGCUUCUCCUGCGGUGGUGGCGGCAACUGCUGCUUCUCCGGACCUAUCUCUAACACUGGCCCCUGUGCCACUGCCACCAUCACCAUCACCACCUUCCUCCUCUUCUUGGGCUGCAGCAGAUGUUGUUCUUCCUUCUUCUACAGGCGCCGGCAGCGACGACCAUAGCCAUGCUGGUGGGAGGCUCUUCUCGUGCCUCUUCUAUGACAAGACCUUCCUCAAGUCGCAGGCGCUGGGGGGGCACCAGAACGCGCACAAGAAGGAGAGAGCCACCGGUAGCUGGAACGCCCAUCUCUACCUCCCCGCGGCGGCGGCGGCCCACUACAACCAGCCGGCCACUGCGACGUCCAUGCUACCAGCGACCAGGCCGCCCGCGCGUAUGCCCGCUAGCACGCUCGAUGACCACGAGCAGCAGCAGCAGCUUGAUCUUAGCCUCAGGCUCUAGCUAGCUAGCUAGCAUUCUCUAGUGUCAA